GACAUUAAGUUGACAUGACAUAAUUAUUUCACUUAUUUAAAAUUAGUGUUAGGUUGCAAACAUAAAUUUUUCUUAAAUGAUUACGUUUAAACUAAAAUUCCUCUUGGCAUUCUCUUUCAAGGCCAAAGAAGAGAAGACUAAGAAAAAGCAAAAAGCGGAAAAAAUCAACAACAAGCAAAAAUUAAACGUUAUAGAAGACGAAGAUCCGCCGAAUUUGAUCAGAUUAGAUAAACAGCAGAAUUUUUGCCGCGUUGAGUAUGAACUGCUUAAAGGAAAAUGCCGGUAUUCUUUUGAUGUGUUGUGUUGGGAGAAAGCAGUCAAAAUUAUAUCACCGGAUAGUGUUAAAAUAUUCCGAACUGUAACGAAGAAUGGGCUUGUAUUCGCUCCUGUGUGCGUUGAACAUCAAGUUAGUGAACUAUCUAUAGGGGAUUUAACAGCUCUUCAAUCGUCUGUGAUAGAGUUUCAAGUUUUUAUUGAUAAGAAAAAAAUGGGAAAUGCGGCUAAGGCAGACAAAUCAACUAUAUUUUAUGUAAAGGAAAUUGACAUGGAUUAUGAAGGAUUCGUCGAAGCACGUAUCGAAGAAACGCAUUUGGUCAACUCCAAAUCCAUCUCUAGAACGUCGGCUAAGGCUGCGAAUAUUACGAACGAUCAAAAUGGAUCAGUUGAUAAAGAAGGUUCCUUUAUGGUAUACAGAGAUGAUUUCAACGAACUAUUUUCCGAUAUGAUAGAAUUUGCGAUAAACAAAACCAGACCGCCCCAUUUGAAGUUCAGAGGCUUCGUGAAGCCUUGUAAGAUGGAAGGUUCCAAAACUGACGUUAAAAAAGUACUGAAAAAAACUGAACCGGAAAUAAAGAAGAAAAAAGGUCCAAAAGAAAAAGCCGAGAAGUCUGUGACCAAAUUAAACUUGCAAAUUCAGGGAGAAACCUUCUUUACCGACCCCGAAAUGAGUAUAUUUAGCGUGGAGCAGUACAAGGCUAGCGUGCCGAAGUUCUUGGUUGCUGCCUCGGUCAAUCGUUUGCUGACUAGAAGUCAGAAAAUCGAACUGAAUCCUAUGGUGGUUAAAAUAAAGAAAAUUACUGAUUUUCCCUCCGAAGUGUUCGACAAUACUGGGUAUACCGAUAUUUUUUGUAAAUUUUCCAUUCCCUUCGUGGCAGGAUGUACAACUAUCGAGAAACCAAUAGACAAAACGAUAUAUUUUGACGAAUCUCAUAUUUACUUUACGAAUCAUUUACCUAAAAUUAAACUGCUAGAAUACCUGGAUUCGAGAAGGUUUAUAGUGGAGAUAUAUGGUGUUAAAAGGUAUGUAACUUCAGAUAUAACCCCCAAAAUCUUCGGCGAGAAUCACUGGGAUAAGAACAUUGCGAAAGUCUACCCGAACAUCCCGAAGGACUACACCAAACAAUUCGAAGAAUCCCAGCCCGACUAUGUACUUUUAGGCUACUGUUCUUACGACCUGAGUUCUUUGUUAAGGAAUGUCUGGGACUUCAGAGGAAUAGCCCAAAUCCAUAGCAAAGAAUGCACGAAUUUCAGGAACAUAUCCAUCAAAAACCAAGUACCAGAGCCUUACACCAGGAGUCUCCCUGUCAAUACGAUUAACCUAGCGAAUAUUAACACAGAACUGAACAGUUCAUUCAAACCGGUACUCAGAGAGUGGUUGUUGAUGGAAAAAGGAACUUCUUUAACUGUAGAAGUGUAUUUAUUGUCCCCGCAAGCGCCGUCACUGGUGUUACAUCAGAUACCGAACACUUAUAAAAGGUUGAUGCUCAUCGCUCUCAAAAAGCAAGUGGCCACGCAGUUUCUAUCGAAAAUUUGGGACCAUAACCAAAGGAUUAUGUGUCAGAAGUUGGAUGAGAGCGAUUUAAUCACUGGGUUCAUUAUUGAUAAUGGGAACGACGUAAUCAUAUAUAUAGAAGGGUUGUCUACAGGUUUUAUACUAAACUUAUGGAAUGACCUUAAUUUGUCCAACUCGCGUCAGAUGAAGAUUUUCUUCAACACCGACCAAGCAUACGAGAAUCGUCUCUACAACAUUUGCAGCUCGAGUUGCAGUUUUUAUACUGUCAUUUUGAAAGUACCUUUGCAACACAUUUUCAAAGACAGAAGAGUGUAUGUUAAGGGAAAUGCUCCCUUGUUGUGCUGGAAGGCUAUUACAAGACUCCAUCUUUUGUUACACUCCCAAACUCUGACAUCAAUGCUACGGUAUGAGCUGCUGCCAUCUAUCGAAGAACUGUGCAGUUUAAAUUUGGAAUACGGAGUUCCAUUAACGUGGAAACUACCAGAAACUGACGAUACUGCCAGUACAAACACAUUAUAACAUUAAAAAAAUAAAUGAAAAUAUUAAAUGUCA